GCUAAAGGUCGCCAUUUCUGGUAGGCGUUUGCACCGAAGGGCCCAAGGUCGGAUGAACUGUGGCCGUAAAGAAACACCCUUUGACACCAGUGGCAACUAGUAUAAAUAGAGAGGGCUGCGAACUGUCAUCAUCACAAAUCAUCUGAUAACUCUAAAGAUGUUUAAGCUAACUUUAUUUAUCUGCUGCGUUUUGGCUAUCCAAGCCCAACCCGCUCAUCAUACACCAUACCAUGAUCAACAUGCUUACAGACAUGCUGAUGAACCACCAAAACCUUACGAAUUUGCCUACGAAACUGAAUUGGAUGGUGGCCGAAUGGGAAGAAAGGAAACAGGAGACAGUUCCGGACGUGUUGUAGGUUCUUACAGUCUUGCCGAAGAUGAUGGCCGUUCUAGAGUAGUCGAAUACGUAGCUGAUGCCGAAGGUUUCAGAGCCAGCGUCAAGACCAACGAACCGGGAACCAAGAGUGAAAACCCAGCCGAUGUAGCUUUCUACUCCUCUGCACCAGAUAUACCUCACGCUCACAUCGUCCGUACCCCAACACACCACGCUGCACCUCACCACCCAGUAGCUCACGCUGCUACUCCUCAGAGAUUCUACGCUCGUCACCCGGCCUACUACGGACGUUGGUACUAUUAAGAAAAUGUAAAAAGUAUGUUCGAGUGAUUCUUGGAUGUUAAUGAUUCGCUAAUCGCCUCUAUUUUUUUACCUUUUGCUUGCCUGUAUGUAUUGCCCCAAUAUUCAUGUAUAGUGUUUUUGUAUUUUUAAAUUUGGGAAUUUAACUGAAAAUUGGU